AUGGGUGCGAAACUAACCAGAAAAAAUCAAAGUUUGAUCAUCGUUCGAACGAAUGAAGAUCAAGAGGAAACCUUAACAAGUGCUGAAAAUACGAACAAGCAUGUUCAGUUAUCAACAACGGAAAGCAAUAGUAAACAAACGAAGAAGAAAAAAUCCAAACUGGACACAGCAAAGAUCGACAAAAGUACGAAUACAGAAAAUUGUAUACUGCCAGUAUCGUUAUUCAGCGAACAAUUGGUUGAUGAUAAAAUAUGUACUGGAGUAGCAGAGAACCAUAUCGAACAUGUUCCACCUGCUGACACUCAAAAUGGAAUCGUCUCAGAUGUCUUUCACAUUGAUAAUCAAGACACUUCAAACGGUCAAAACCAUCGCAUCAGUAUCCUGAACAAUUUAACUGAUGCAACAAGUAGUGCUUCGUCAACAAUUACUGGUAUUACAGACGAAAUUGGCAAUCAUAAAUAA